GGGCCCCGCCGGGAGAGGGGGAGACUCGGCAAAGUCCGGAAGCGCUCGGCAAAGUCCGGCCGCGGCUUUAAAGGAGCUGAGCGAUCCCCGGCUCGCCCUACGCCGCCGUUCGGUUGGCUGCGAGCGCGAGGAGCCUACGGGUGCCGGCGCCGCUGCCUAGUCCGCCCGUCGGUGCAGCCGCGGCGGGGGCCGCGAUGUUGGCCGACAGCCUGGUGGAGGAGUUCGAGAUCCGCGAUGAUGAGCCCUGGUACGAUCAGCAGGACCUGCAGCAAGACCUGCAUCUUGCUGCUGAACUUGGGAAGACAUUAUUGGAUCGUAACACAGAACUGGAAGAAUCUUUGCAGCACAUGUAUGCAACCAAUCAAGAGCAACUACAAGAGAUAGAGUACCUUACAAAGCAAGUGGAGCUCUUACGUCAGAUGAAUGAUCAGCAUGCAAAGGUUUAUGAACAGCUGGAUGUUACAGCAAGAGAACUGGAAGAUGCUAAUCAAAAACUAGUUGCCGAUAGUAGAGUGUCACAACAAAAGAUAUUAAGCCUGACAGAGACUAUUGAAAGUCUGCAAACCCAUAUAGAUGACCUUCAGAGACAAGUGGAGGAAUUGAAGAAAACUGGACGAGGCCGUAUGAACCAUGAGAGAUCUGAGCAGCCACGAUCAGUGCACAGCUUCUCAUGUUUGAAGGAGCUGUAUGACCUUCGCAAGUAUUUUGUUUAUGAUCAUAUUUUUGCAGAAAAAAUUACUUCAAUGGAUAGUCAGCUGAGUCCCAUAGAAGAAGAAAACGAGAACUUAAAAAAGGCUUUGUCUGUAUUACAAGCCCAACUUAACCUGGAAAAGGAGAAAAGAGUGACAAUGGAAGAGGAAUAUCAACUUAUGGUAAAGGAGAACUGUGACCUUGAACAGAGGCUGGUUGAUAAAGACUUAUACAGGGCUCGGGCAGAAGAGCUUGAAUUAGAAGUUGCUGAAAUGCGGCAGAUGUUUCAGUCUGAAAACACAUUUGUCAACAGCAUGGAGAAUCUAGUUCCAGAAUCAUUUUUUAUUUCAUUUAAAGAGUCUUUAGAAAGGGAAAUUAGUCAAAGUCCUUCAGAGGAUGCAUCCUUGACUGUCCCCCAGCUUGAUAAAAAGGCCCUAAAAAGAAGUAGCAGUGAGACCUUCCUAAGCAGUGCUGCAGGAGGAGACCUUCUAAAGGGCCAUGAAGAAACCUGUAUUAGAAGAGCUGAAGCUGUAAAGCAGCGAGGCAUCUCCUUGCUUAAUGAAGUGGACGCUCAGUAUAAUGCUCUGAAGGUUAAGUAUGAGGAACUUCUGAAGAAGUGUCACAUGGACGAAGAUUCUUUGAAACAUAAGGCUGUACAAACAUCAAAACAGUAUUCCAAAGACUCUAGUGUGGGGAACAUCCAGUCUGACCGUUCAGCUACUGAACAAGAGUAUGGAAAUGUUGAACUAACUGGCUCACUCAUAAAUACUAUACCUGAAUAUAAAGCUCUCUUUAAGGAAAUUUUUAGUUGUAUCAGAAAAACAAAGCAAGAAAUAGAUGAACAUAGAACAAAAUAUAAGCGUUUCUCUUCUCAGCCCUAACACUGGUUCGCAUUAACUAUGCUGAUGACCAGUUUUCCCACUGAAAAGUUCUGUAUUAGUCCAGAAGGGAAACAUUAAGGGUCCCUCUGGUGUUUGUACGUAUCUUGCUGUCACAUGUGUACUCCCUUCAACUUGAAUGUAUGUUCACUUUACUUGUAAAUAUGUAUGAUAUGAUCAACCCAUUAGUCAGUUGUAUUCUCUGUGCACGCAAUGACUCCUACCACACAGUAAAAGUUAUUGUUCAGUGGUAGUUGUUGGCAGUCUUAAAAGUAGAAAAUUUGGCUUAAUUUUUGCAUACUAUGUUUAUCCUCUCCACAGCAGCAAUUGACAAUCUAGCUCACUAUGCCCAGUGGGCUACAGAAGCUGUAGACCUAAGGAGAAAUGAUUGUAUUACACUUUUUCCACUGUGGGAAAUUUGGAGUAAAUUUUUUUCCUUACUCACAAACCAAAAAGGUUUUGUUCAGUCUUAGCCUUGUGUCUAUUUUUGUGUACUAAAAUCCACCUGUGGGAAACCUCUGCUUCAGACUGAAAUUAGUAAUCAGUCUAAAUGGAUGGGCCCUGGCAAAGAUGAGCGGAAACUGGCACAGCAGCCUGUAUUAGGCUUAAUUUAAGCCAGCACCAGGUUUUCAUAUGCACUAAACUCUUUCCGCUUUGCAUAAACAUCUUUACACCUAAUCCAUUUUUAAUAUAAAGGUAUGAAUAUUUGAGAUAGUUCAAUGUUUAGGGCACUCUGUUUUAAAGCAAGAUACUGUGAACUAUGUAUAUUGUCAUUGAUCUACUGUUCCUUAGUAGUACUCCUAAAAGUGCAUUUUUGUCAUGUGAUAAGAUGGAACAUUACAAUUUGUGGUAGCUUUGCCAUGGAGAAAUGGCUUCCUUUAGUCUAUAAAGCCCCCUACUCCAAGUGUUUUAAAGGAGACCAGACAAGAACACCACCGUCUGAUAAACUUACAUCACUUUACACCCUCUGAGUUCAAGUUUGUGUAAACCUAUUUAGCAUCAGCAGUAAAAACAAAACAAAACCCACCCCAAAACACCUCUUUAAGAACCAGAUUACAACAUGUAGGAGAUGGGACCAAGAUAUAAUUAAAACCCUCUUUGCUCCUUCCUCCUCUUUCCAUCCCUCCUUCCCAAUAAAAUAAAGAUUGCAGGACCAACUUCAGCUAAUGAAAAUGCAGAAUAUAGAGGACCACUGCACCAAAUGGGAGGAAGAAAGGCAGGAGACUGGUAAAGGCUGAGAACCCAAGAAGGAAUGGAAGCCAGAUAACCAGCACUAAAAGGUGAUCUGAUAACUUUACAAGAGUAGCUAUGCAGCUUAACUCUUUAAAGUGUUGAUUGUUCAAUGUUUGCUAUGGAUAAUCUGUCUACUUGAGUUGCCUAGAUAAAUCAAACUGUUGGCACAUGAUGAUAAAAGAAACUUUACAGUUGUAGUUAAGUUGCUGCUGCUAUUAUAAAUUGUCUGCCUCAUGUACAAUGUAAGUUAGUCUCCAAUUAUUUUAUACUUGUCCUUCAGUAAGACAGAAUUCAGUUGUACAGGUUAGACACUUACACUGUAAGCAAUUGUGUACUAAAAUAAAUAUUUAAACAAAAUUCUAAAUUAUGAACACUGAAAGGCAAAUAAAUCCCUGCAGCUAAAGUUACUGGGUGUGUGUGCUACUAAUUUUGUCCAAAUGUGUGAAACUACCACUAAUGCAAAGGAGGAGUUCUUAAAGUAAGCGUGGAUGGCAUCUUCAUUUAUAUAUAGAUUCACUUCCCACUCCCAGCAGGCAUUUCACAGACUUGCUGGCCUAUACCACCCUUGCUUAGAUGAAAAAACUAAAUUAGGGAAAUAAAUUAAAGACUUAAGUGGGGAGGACGAGGCAGACUAAUCUCUCCUUUUCUUCUUCCCUGUUCCAGUCCCCUGUAGGUGAGAGAGUUGCUUCCCUGUACCUGUUCGUCUGGCACCAGCUCCCUUUAUAACUUGUAUGUUGCUUGGCUUCCCUGUACCCUUAGGAAUGGUUGUCUGUUUCUCUGCUCAUAACGUAGCAAGAGUAUCUAGUGCAGGCAGUAAUGUUGGCACCUUGUUCCCCACUUUCAGUCUGGAGGACUCUAGAAGCAGAUGGAACCUGCUGCCACAAGUGGUUCACCACUUAUUUGUGUUACUGUAGUGCCUGGGAAUAGGAACCCUACUCAGAUCAGGCCUCUACUGGGCUAGGUGUAUAUAAAUGGAACAAAGAAAAGCCCUAGCCCAAAGAGUUCAUAGCCUAAAAUCUAGGCUAUGUCUAUACUACUGUGGUAAGUCGACCUAUGCUACACAACUCCAGCUAUGUGAAUAACAUAGCUGGUGUCGAUGUACCUUAGGUCAAGUUACUGUGUCACCUUACCUUACUCUUCUUGUCUGGGUAGAGUACAGGGGUUGACUGGAGAGUGAUCUGCUGUCAAUUCGGUGGGUCUUCACUAGACCUGCUAAAUCAACCUCUGGUGGAGCUAUUUCAGAGCAUCGAUCCUGGCUGUAGUGUAGACAUAACCUAAGACCAACGACAACUGGAUUGAGACAGAGUAUAAGGAAACAAUGGGGCACUAGUGGUCAGUAUGAUAUGUUGUAGAAUCAGUAGCCAGCCACUAUGCGGUCUAUAGGCAUCACAGAAGGGAGGGUUUUGAGAGGAUAACAGUCUUGCAGACAUGUACAAGAAAGCUCCUCCCAACUGAAGGGCAACAUUGGCAAAAGCACAAAGGAGCUUGUUUGAAAAUUUAACAACUGGGUGAUGGAAGCACAGGCUGAGCUAGGAAUGAGAGAAAUUUCAAUACUGAAUCAGUGUUAGGCAGGUUGGGAAGGAGGAAAAAGGCUGACCAGCAUUCCUGCCACUUCAGCCUCAUUUUGUACUGUACGUGCUUAGUAACUUCAGUAUCUGAUUUGUCAAUCAUGUCUGUCAAUCAAUAGCUGGGCAACUACUAGGAGCAAUCAAAUGGCUCAGGGUUUAAUGAAGAGCUUGGUAUACACCAGGUGUUUGCUGUCUGCAGUCCUCCCUUUUCUAAGCCAGUUAUCAGACAUAGCUAUAACCACCUUUCAUAUAUACAACAAAAUUAUCAGUGGUACAGAACUAUUGCACCAUCAAAGCAUCUGCUGUCACUGGAGAAGUGGUUUUUUGUUUGUUUGUUUUUUUGGUUAAAAGGGGAAGUCACUCAACCUCCCAGUUCCUCAAAAGUAUGCAUCUAACUUUCAAAUACUUGCCUGUUCUAUACAGCACCAUAAAACAUACAGGCUGCUAACAGUACAGGUGAAGACAAGUUCACCAUGAAUCAAAUUCAAAGCUGAGACAACAGAGUGGGAAGGCAAAAAUGACUGUUUUUUGGGUAACUGAUGCUUGAAAAUAUUUUGUUACAGCUUAAUUCUGAAGUGGGAAUAGUUGGAAAAGGUGCAACAUAUAUAAAUACUAAUUAUUCAUGAAUGCUGCUACAUUUGAGAAACUUUAUGGAUACAGUUACAGGAAUUGUCAUUGUAGCUAUACUGAUUGUGCUCAAACAAGCAAUCACCUUAAGCAUUCAGAAAAAUACAUGUGACUUCAGAGGCAAUAAUCAGUUGGAAGCUAGUUUGCUCUUUGGACAUAAAAUAGCAUCUUCCUGUGCUGCUAAUGAAAGAUACUUUCUAAUUUACUCACAUGAGGUUUAUGUUGAGUUUGUUAUUCAAAAAUUAGGGCAGUAGGAUAUUAUCCAUAGGAAGAUAGAGAUGCUAUGUAAAUGCAGUAAAUUAUUUAGCCAACUAACCAAACUAAUCCUAUUUGGUUUAAUUGCUAGAACAAACUUACUUAUUUCAGUCAAACAACCCACUUUACCUCAGAACCUCACUUAUGAUUAUCAGUUGUUUUCACCAGAAAAGCUAGAACUACAGCUACAUGCUCAAAUCUUAUCUUCAGCCCAAGCAAAGUGAAGAGUAAACAAGAAAUGGUAAAAAAUACACCACUCAUUGAUGAGUUAGUUCCCAUGUCCCCUUUCCAAUUCUUGCACCUGCUCUUAAACUUAAGUCUUAGAUAAUAAAAUCCUUGUGGCAAAAUACUAUUUACUUUCAACAGUGCCUUGUACAAGAGAGUCCCCAUCUCCUACUCAGGGAAGCCUCUAGAUGCUACCAUAAUGAAUAAAGUGAUUUGUAACCAUAUGUAGUACUUAGCUGAGGAAGUGGGGGGUAGGAGGGUAGAGAUAAGCUAAGUCAUUCUCUGUUAACUUUCCCUAGUCCAUAAAAGAUUACAUUGCUUCUAUCUGUUCAGACAAACACAUGGG